ACCUUUGCUGAUUGAUAGAGAUCAGAGCGAUAUUAGAGCGUGAUUGAAACAUGGAAAGAUGGCCUCCUUUCCGACCCGGGAACGGCUCGGAGAAGCUGAUUUGUUUUUGAAAAUCAUCCUUUUAGGAGAUGCUGGAACCGGAAAGACAUCAUUGAUGCUCAAGUAUACACAAUCUGAUUUAGAUGAUUCUGAUCGUUACCAAAAUUCUCUGGACACAUCAAGCAAAAUAAUUCACCGAGAUGACAAGACGAUCCAGCUGGAUAUUCGCGACACUGCUGGAAUGGAGAGAUAUCGUAGCUUGACCAAGUCUCAUUACAACGGGGCAUCAGGAGCUCUGGUUCUCUUCGAGUUAACGGAUGCAAAGAGUUUUUCAAAUGUCGCUCAUUGGUUGGAAGAUCUUAAGCAGUACACCGAUCAUCCAGACAGAGUGCAGGUAAUACUAGUGGGAACCCGGUGCCACAAGAAAGACCAAAGAACAGUACCUGGUGACAGAAUCACCAAAUUAGCCGAGCACCACGGCGCCAAUGUGAUAGAAAUCAGCGUGGAAGAAAACAUUAAUGUGACAGAGACAUUUGACCAGCUUGUGGAUAGGAUAUUGAGUGCUCGUCCUGAAUUUAGAGGAGAGGGCCAGCCUCUGUUCCUGCCGAUACCUUCUGAUGAACAUAAGGAACUUGAUUUCAGUUGUUCACAGUGCUGCCCUAUAGGAGCCAGACACAGGGAUUCGGGAAGUGGCGAUGGAGGUGGAUGAGUGAGAAUGGUCUUGUACGAAUGUACAUGUACUUGUAUUAAUAUAAGAUGGGCAAUCGUGAAGGGACCCGUCCAACCCAAAUUCAUGUUGAUCAAUGCUCAGUACUGAAUGCAACUCUUAUUUAAUACAAUGUUAAAGGUCAAGUCCACCCGAGAAAAAUGUUGAUUAGAAUAAAAAGAGAAAAAUCAAACUAUCAUAACGCUGAAAAUUUCAUCAAAAUCGAACAUAAAAAAAGAAGAAAGUUACGACAUUUUAAAGUUUCACUUAUUUUUCGCAAAACAGUGAUAUGCACAUUCAGUGACAUGCAAAUGAGACAGUCGAUGUCCUUCACUCACUAUUUCUUUUGCUUUUUUAUUGUUUGAAUUAUACAAUAUUUCAUUUUUUUACGUUUUUGACAAUAUGGACCAACUUGACUGAACCAUAUACAUGUAAUAUUAAAUAAUGCUAAUUCCACAUGUUCAGGGAGGUAUUAAUCGUUGUUUCACUUGACAAUGAGGAAAAAAUUAGAAUAUUUCGUAUUUCAUAUAAUAAAAUACAAAAGAAAUAAUGAGUGGAUGACGUCAUCAGUCUCCUCAUUUGCAUACCGACCAGGAUGUGCAUAAAACUGUUCUGUAAAAUUAAGCAAAACUUUAAAAUGUCAUAACUUUCUUAUUUUACAUCCAAUUUUGAUGAAAUUUUUCAGUGCUUUGCUUGUUGGAUUUUUCUCUUUUUAUUUAUAUCAAUUUUUGUUGGGGUGGACUUGUCCUUUAAGUAAAGUAAAUGUUAGUGAUACUACAUGUAACUCUGAUUAAGAGUUGAUGUCAUGGUCCAAUUAUAAGAUCUAGAGCUCUAUUUGUAAGGGUUGGAGCUUGGCAUGAUAAAAAAUAUUAAUAAUUAUCCAAAUAGCAACAUCUAAGUUUUAUUCAACACUGUGCAUCAAUAGAAAUAAACUUGAUUUGGAUCACAGGACCCUUUCAAAACUUUAAAGGGAAAGAAAGAGAGUGAUUCACAUAACAGUAAGAGAGAGAUCACAACGAGGGUGCUGUAUCUUAGUAAACAGCCCUAAAUUUAGAUAUUGACCAAAAAAUAGUCUUUGAAAAUUGAAAUUUAUUUUCGUAAUGUUUUGAAUGAUUACUCAAGCUAUUAUGGGGAGAGUGGCUUUAAGAAUAGAAUAAACUCAUAAAUGACGGAUUGUAGGAGUCGGAUGAAAAUAGAGUAGUACUUACAUGUACAUGUAAAAGAGUUAUAUAGAUACAUUACCUUCCCAUGCUAAUAAUUGCUACAUGUACAUGUAUUAAUCAUCUAUUUUGGCAUAAACAAUGCUUUAUCAACAUACAAUGUGUUAGGCAGGAAGUAAAAAUAUCAGAUGUGGUAUUAUCCCCUCAUAUAAAAAUUUAGUGGGUAAAAUGAAAAAAAAAUGUGUUGAUAUCAAGAUGGUGUUUCAUUUAUUUCAUUUUGCCAUAAUAAUGCAAUGAUCAAAGAUUGAGAUAAAAAAAGAAUCCAUGUAACUGAAUGGGAUGCAAUAGUUACAUGUUUAACAUGAAGACAUCAUCUCCAUGGUUAUGACCAAUGACUGUAGAGGGCAGCAACACCUAGCUAAUUGCUGCUUUAGUGCUCAUGUUGGGUACAUUGAAUGUAUAUUUUCAUUCAUGUGUUUUAAUUGUAACAAAAAUAUAGUUCAACUAUUAUUCCUGAACGGGAAGGAUAGAGGACAAUGAGUACCGGUAUAGCCAAACUUUGCAAUUCACAUGUACUCUUUUAUGAUGUUCCUGUUCUGAAUCCACUUUCGAUUGCAAUUUUUUGCUUAGCGACGCAGAAUGAAUGAAAAUGCAGGUCAAAUCACAAUGAAGUCUUUGUUUUUGGAACACCUAGGUAGACGCUUUCUGGAACGUAGAUAAUCUAUUGUCAAAUGUCCUUCAUGACAAUUAAGUCUUUGUCGAGGGUUGGUGAAUUGGAACAGCAGUUUCAUCCGACAUUUCAGAGCUGACAAAAAAAAAUUGCAAAUGUCAUUUGUCCAGAGUCACGGACGGAACUUCUAUUUUGAUUCACAGACCUUCGACAAAGACUUCAUUGUCAUGAAGGGCAUUUGACAAUAGAUUCUCUAAAUUCGAGAAAGCAUCCGCCUAGCUGUUGCAAAAACCCAGUUGAAGACAACACAGUUCUAUAUCCAAGAUAAUGUGAUAAUGAAUUAUAUUGUCAUCUAACAUUCCAAUCUUUGAAAAAUAAUGCAAGUGAUUGUAAAUUCUUUUUUAAUCCUUUGGCUUUCAUUCUUUGUGAAAAUUUGAAUUUUACAUUCGAGAAUAUAUAUUUGCGCCUCUUUAGGUUUAUUUUUUUCAGAAAGCUAUUAACAAAGAAUAGCUGAUUUUAUGCAUGCGGAAUAGUUUUAUACCCAACAAAAUUAUGCAGUAAAUAUACUUUGGGCAGGGAUCCCGACCUAUGUAUAUUUCAUGUCGAAUCGCAAAAUGUAUCCACUAAUCUACUUAAAAUCUACUUAUAUCGUCCACUUAUUUUACAUCCAGUUUUGAUCAAGUUUUCAGUGAUGUGCUUGUCUGAAUUUUUCUAUUUGUCAAAAUAAACUUUUUGCUUGAAUGGACUUGAUCUUCAUAACUUAUUUUCAAUGCUCUUAUGAUUUCUAAUAGCACAAAUGAUUCUUGAGUAAAAAGGAUAUGGAAUGAUGGUAUAAAUGAAGGUUUGAUAUUAUUUGCUAUAUGCAGCACUGGAUAUGCUUGCAGAUCUAUUUAUUUAUCUUAUAUGUAUAUAUGGAUAGAAAAAUAAUGAAUUCAUAGAUUAUAACUAAUUCUACAUCUAUAUGUGAUACUGUUCUAUGGGAAGUGCAAUAAAUGAUUUAUUCUAUGAAAAUACAUGUAAUGAACUUAGAUAUACAGAAUAAUUCAGAUUAAAAUACAAAUUUUGUCUGUAUAUGUGCCUCCAUGUAGUAAUAGAUCCAUACAUCAAUUAAAAUGAGUGGUUAGGUUGUCAAAAAGACUAAUCAUGAAAACAAUAUAAAAAGGAUGAUAGGUCAUUAUACAAACAUUUGAUUUGUAUCAAUAUAUAUUGAUGAUUGUUGCCAGUGCUGAUUGUUGAGGGUGUGACCUAAACUAUUUAUUCAAGAGUAAUUUAUUGAGAAAAAAAAGUAAUGGGAAGUUCAAUAUACGAUAGAAUAUUCUUCAUUAAUAUAUUCAGUGCAAAAUUGUAAUAUCUUGUGAAAAAAUAUGAAAGGAAUAUGAUAAUGAUCAUGAAGGUGAUGAACAGCAAUCUAAUUAUUGAACUUUGGAAAUGUGGUCUAACAAUUCUUCGCUCCUCAAUGUAAAAACAAUGUAAAAAAAAGAAAAGAAGACUAUAAAGUUGCAAAAUUGAUUGUACAUGUAGGCAGGUUUUUUUUUUUUUUACAUCAUGAGUGGUCUAGACAGUCAAUGAGGGCAGCAAAUACCAAAACAUAUUUGUACAUGUAGCUCUUUAAGCAUACAAGUGAAAAGAUGGGAUUCAUUGAUUGAACAUGUACAUCUUCAGGUAAAUAACAUUUGAAGAAGUGUCUUAUUAUUUGAAUGUCCAGUGUAUUAAUUUGUCAUUAUUAUUAGUUUUAAAGAGGAAUCCGGGCUUGGUCAUAAAGUGUUGUGUUGGAAAGUAGAAAACUAAAUAAAACAGAAUGGUUUAAGUUUGUAAGAAAUCGGACAAGUAAUAAUUAAGUUAUGGCUCCUUUAAAAUUGAUAUCUAAAGACUAUGUGGAUUUCAAAUUGGCAACUGGGCAAAUAAAUUAUGACAAGGGGCAAGGACAACUUUCCCAUAUAAGCCAUGUACUUAAUUAUCAGGGCUCUGUGGUUUUCUCUUAAAGUACCCAUUUCCCUGGGGCAGUAAUCGAAAUAUAACCCAGGUAGUAUAUUGUUUUUUGUCCUCAUGAAAGAAAAAGUAUAAUUUGAAGUAAAACUAAAAAAAAGAGACAAUUUUUUAAUGUAUUGGAGUACAUGGAAUAGUCCUUGCCUUACAUCACUACAUGACAUCAAAUGCAGCCAAUAUGAGGUUUCCAUGGGUAUAGUGAUAUUUACAACUUUUAGAAAUUCAUAACUUUCUUAUUGUUUGUCCGAUAAUGUUCAAACUUUCACCUAUCAACUUGUCUGAUUUUUCUUUUUCCUCUAAAACAAGCUUUUAUUUGGGUUGCAUGUAUGAAGUUCUAUCUCUCUCUCAUCUUUUCAUAGUCACGUUGAUAUUCCAAAGGAAAUAGGAUACUUUACAUGUAUGUAGUAUUCGUGCAAUCUAUAGCACAUAGCAGUGUACUUAUUUGUUCUCAGUUGAAAGAUUAUUGAUUUGUAUUUUAUUUGGAACCCGCUCGAAUUGAUUUGGAUUGGAAAUUUCUUCCACUUCCUCUAUACUGUAAGUAAAGGAAGGAGAAUCCAAUGAUUUUUUUUUAAAGUAUUCAUUAUGUAUAGCAUUUUCUAAGUACAACCUUUUGAUAGAGUGGAUUUGACCUACUGUCAUUUCACUACACAUCAUUGUUGCUUCAUAUUUCUCAUUGCUGGGGAAUAAUCAACACUCACUGGUCUUAGAUGUAUUUUGACCAUCUUAAUUUUGGAUUGUAUUUUGCAAUCUGCGUGUGAUGUUUUUGGUAUAAGAUUUGCAACCAAGAACAAGGAUCAUAAUCUUUCUAAAAUGGUCAGAACAUGAUUUUAAAACUUUAUUUUGACUGAAAUGUAAAUAUGAUUUAUUCCACCUGAAUUAUCAUGUGCUUCCAUUUUUCGUUGCAAGUGGUGCCUAUAACAAAGUAUGUGUGUGUACUAAUUAGGGCACAAAAUUAUGUUAUUCCCAUAAGCCACAACAUCUUUAUAGAUAAAUGCAAAAUAAGUUCUUUACGAUUUACUUUAAUACAAUUCCAUCGCCUCACCUUGAAGCAUUUAAUCAACAUUUGUCGUCUGACAGGUUGUCAGAUCUGACAACUUUCCUCUAUUUGGAUUGGCUGAGAAGCACUGUUGCUUUGGCAACUGUCAGAUAGAACUGUAUGUGUCGGAUAAAACGUCAAAAUGAACCCCCCCCCCUCCUUGGAAACCCUCACCGGUUGGUGGGGGUAUUGACCAAAUAAAAAAAGUUUAAAAUAAUUGAUGUCAAGAGAGGGGACAUUUAACAGUUUUAAUUUAUUGAGAAUUAAGUAUUGUACUUUGUUGUUUAAGAUUUAAAACGCUUGUUUAAACUGUUUGUAUAAUUACUGUAAGUUUCAUAGAGUAAACAGCGUUGUAAAUAAUUUUUUUUUACUGUGUAUAGGUUCCUUAUAAACAUGAUAAAGAGGGAAUCUAAAUUUAAUAAGCAAAUGUCAAUAGUCGAAACGCAAAUGAGACAUUUGUUAAUAUGAUCUUUGGAUUCGCAAAUCAUAUUCAAAAUUGAUCGCGUUACUACAUGUAGAGAUGUUUUGUUUGAUACAUUGAAAUAUUUCCUGCCAUGGUAACUUAAUUAGCAAACGGUCAUUUGAAAAAAGAAUGUUUCCAGGCCAAAUGAAUUAUGAAGACUGAAAAUAAAUUCAGAAAACAAGUUUGAUUUAAAAUCAUAUCUAUACUAUACAGUGCGUAUCAAAAAAAGUUUACACUUUAAAAAAGCCCUGGGAAUUGAAAAAUAUACAACAUGUGUUUAUUUUUUUUAAUAUAUAAUCUUGGGUAUGGGUCUCAUCUAUCCAAUGAAAGUAAAAGUUUUGACAGAAUGACUGUUACACUUGAGUGAGCACUGUCCAUUUUUGUAAAGCUCGCAGAAAUCUGUUUGCGCAGAAAUGCUCGUUUUCACCCUGUGUCAAGGGGAAAGGGCGAAAUCAAACUUACCCUUCGAAACAUUUCUCAUACAUUUCCCUUGCACUUUAAGUCAAUUGAAAUAAAAUUGAUACAUUCAAGCAUUUUGGAACAAUUUUGCCACCCAAAUUGAAAUUUCAACACUUAGUGAGCACAACCUUUACCCUUUUUGUGCCAGCUGGAUCGAGGACAUAACUGAAUCUGAACAAAAGUUAUAUCAGACAUCUCCAGCAUUUUUUUCACUAAGUUUCUAUCAUGUAAAGUGGGUUUACAUCACAUCAGCUCAGUGUAAAGCAAAUAUCAUCACGAUGGCAUCGGUGUGUGGGGGAGUGGGUGGGCGCAAUGCACUCUUCAAAGUGUUUUGGGCAAGGAAACAAGUUAAAAAUGGUAAAAGAUAUCCUCAAAUCAAUUUUACUAGCUAAAUUCCACGUGUUCUUCAUGAUUAAGGUCUACUUUUAUUCGCAUAACUAUUUCAAAGUUCUGCGCAAAUCAUUUUUCACUAACUUUUCAAAAGUAAGUGGUGCUCAAGCGGAAAUAUUUUUCGACAGUUAUAACGUCAUUUACUUAAAUGGAUCUGUACCAAUGUUAAAAUGUGGAAAAAUCUUCAGGAUAUGAUUUUACAGGAUUUGUUCUAAGUGUAAACUUAUUUUUGAUACGCACUGUAUUUUGCUGGACUUGUAUCACAUUCGGUCGUUUGUAUUACAUGUAAUUAAGACUAGAGAACAUUCUAAUUUCAGAUUUGUUAUUUUAUGAGCCACGAUGUCUUCUCCCACCAUUUCUAUGUUCUUUAGUAUCGCUCUUAUGUACAUGUAUGUAUACGAAUUAAAAACUAUAAGUACAGUUUA